AUGGAGAACUCUGACACCUCGUCGGACCGCUGGACGACGACCGAAGCGCUCAAGACGCUGUUCCUGAGCCUCGCGCCCGACGCCGAAGGCCGCGUGUCCGGCACGAAAAUCCGCGCCUGGGUGGCGACGCGCUACGCCGAAGCGCUCGACACGGCGUCGCUCGUCGACAGCUGGGACGAGGCGGACACGACGAAACGCGGCAGCCUCGACGAGGCCGAGUUCCUCGUCUUCGCCGCGGCGCUCGAGGCCGCCGCGGCGCGCGUCGCCGCCAAGCUCGCGGCGUCGUCCGCGGCGGACCGAACGGCGCCGGCGCCGGCGCCCGAGGCCGAAGGGCAGACGGCGGCCGUCGACGCGGCCUGCGGGGGCUGGGACGCGCCGGCGGCGGUGUCCGUGCUCGCGCUCGUCGCGAGCUGCCUCGUCGACGACGGCGAGGACGGCGCGUGGAACGCCCGAUUCCUCGACGGCGCCGCGGCCGCGCUCGGCUGCGGCGCGGCGCCGCCGCGCGCCUGCGGCAAGGCGCCCUCCUGGGGCGCGUUGCUCGCGCCGCUCCGCGGGGCCCGGGGCGGCGCCGCGCGGCGGAAGGCGGCGCGGGAGCUCGCGAGCCGCGUGCUCGAGCGCGCCGCGACGUCGAACGCGUUCUCCGGCGCGCUCGAGGCCGCGUUCCUGCGGAGCCUGCUCGUGGCGCCCGUCGUCGCCGGCGGCGGCGCCUACGACGCGCGCCAGCGCGUCGCGCUGCAGAAGGCCGCGGGGUUCCUCGGCUUCGAGGAGGGCUGGCUCCGCGCGCGGGAGCGCGGGCUCGCGACGGCGCUCAAAGGAGAACAGGCGGACGACGCGGAGACGGCGUCGACGCUGGCGACGACCGCCGGGCCGGAGUCGAACACGGACGUCGCGCUACGCUACGCGAAGAUCGGCACGGCCGCGACGGCCGCGGGCGUCGUCAUCGGCCUGACCGCGGGCCUCGCGGCGCCCGUGCUCGCGGCCGCGCUCGCGGGGUCUACCGUCUGGGGCGCGUCGUCGCUCGUGCUCUUCGCGGGCACCUACAGCACCAUGUUCGCCGCGACCUUCGGCGCCGCGGGCGCGGGCCUGGCGGGCUACCGCAUGCGGCGGCGCGUCGCGGGCCUCAAGGACUUUGGAUUCCAUCGCGCGCCCGCGCCGGCGGAGCAAGCGCUGACGGUCUGCGUCGCGGUGGCGGGGUCGCUCCGCGAGCCCACGGACUACGCCGAGGCCUACGGCGCCGCGCCGCCGGCGGACGCGCCGCUGCGACGGCGCCUGCGGCGCUUCGUCCAGCAGCGCGACUGCUCGUCCGUGGCCGACGCGCGCGCGGCCGCCAAGGCCGUCGUCGACGCCGCGCGCCUCGACCAGGGCAGCAAAAGGGUGAUUCAACGCCUCGACGUGACCUUCGGCGACGAACGCGGCGCGAAGCGGCGCGAGUCGCGCGUGUCGAAGCUGGUGGGCAAGAUGUACGCGGACCAGAAGGGCGACGACGUCGAGGCGACGGCGAAGGAGCUGCUCGAGCUUCCAAAGGACGAACUCCUCGACGCGCGGCCGCCCGCGGACCCGCCUCGCGACGCGCGCGCCGACGGCGCCGCGCGCGACGCGCUCGCGGCGUCCGUGCGGGCCUUCGUCGAGGAGCGGCCCGCCGCCGCGGAGUCGACGUCCGAGAGCCUCGCGAACUCCGCGGCGGCCGUCGCGCACGCGGGCGCGGACGCCGUCGGCUCCGUCGGCGCGUCGCUCGGCCUCCGGCGGCCCUCGGAAGAAACCCCGCCGCCGCCGCCGCCGGCGUCGCCGACGGGCGUCGUCGAGGAGGACGUCGAGGUGGCCGCGAUCGUCCGCGUGGCCGCGGCGUCCGCGCGGGCCGAGGACGCGGAGCUCGCGGCGGGCUCGCUCGACGACGACGACGACGACGAAACCGAGGCGGAGGACGCGGCGGCGGCGGCGGCGCGGAUGGAGGCCGACGCGUCGCGGCUGCGGGAGAGCGGCCUGGUUUUUGAUGAGGCCGAGGCCGGCGCGUCGGAAGGAGCGGUGGCGCGCGAGGUCGAGGACCAGGACGUCGCGAAAGAAGAGGCGGUGGAGCUCGUCGACGCGUCCCUGGACCCGAGCCUCUGGUGGUGGCCCGAGCUCUACGCCGCCGGCGCGCCGGAGCUCAACGUGCUCGUCUGGGAGCGCGACGUCCUGGUGGACGUGACGUCGUCGAUGCGCGCGCUCGCCGGGUCCCUCGCGCAGUCGUCGGCCCAGGACGCCAUCGUCUACGGCGCCGCGACGACGACGGUGGGCAUCGUUUUGACGUCGCUGCUGCUGCCCAUCGCCCUGCUCCAGGCGACGCAGUACAUCGACUCGACGUGGACGCUCGCGGUCGAACGCGCCGACGCGGCGGGUCUGGCGCUCGCGGACGCGCUCUGCGCCGUGGAUGUUGUAGGAGCGAGACCCGUCACCCUGGUCGGCUACUCGCUGGGCGCGCGCGUCGUCUUCAAGUGCCUCGAGGAGCUCGCGCGGCGCCACGAGCGCGCGCGGAGCCGCGUGCGGCGGCGGCUCGCGCGGCUCGCGGAAGCCGCGGCGCGCGACGCGCGGCGCGGCGGCAAGGCGCUGUCCGAGGCCCUGGACGGCGCGACGCACGCCCUCGAGGGCGCCGUGGACGCCGUGAACCCCCUGCGGCCGUCGACGACGUCCCUGGACGCUCUGGACGUCCACGAGGGCGACGACGAGGACGACUUGGACGACCUCGACCACCUCCAGGGCUAUCUCGAAGUCACGCCCGUCGACGGCGUGCACUGGGUCGACGCCGCGGCGGGGAAGAAGGUCCAGCUCGCCGUGCGCGUCAACGCGGCGCGGGCCAUGGCGCCGGGCGACGACCUCAAGCCGCCGCCGUCGCGCGCGGAGCGCGCGCGCCGCUACGCGUCGUCGUCCUCGAAGGACGGCGACGACGACGCCGUCGCCCUCGGCGGCGCGCCGACGGCCGCGGCCUGCGGCGACCCCAUCUUCUGGCGCGGCGACCGCAACGUGGCCGCGCGCGUGCGCGUGGACUGCCUGGCCAAGGACGCCGCGCUCGACGUCGGCUUCUGCGUCCCUGCGAAGACGUCGGCCGUCUUCGGCCCGACGUCGUACCGCGCGGCGGCCGUGGCGCGCACGCAGGCCUGGGCGGAGAAGAAGCGCUGGCGGGCCGCGGCGUCCGUCGUCGCCGGGCGCUGCGUCAACGCGUACUCGGAGAACGACCUCAUGCUCGCGAUCAUGUACCGGACCCAGUCCUGGAGCCGUUCAGUGGCCGGCAUCGCGCCCGUGAACUUGCCGGGCGUCGAGGACGUCGACGUCUCCGACGACGUGGCUUCUCACGCGGCGUACCCGGCGCGCGUCCGCGCGCUCCUCGCGAAGAUCAACCUGGACGGCGUCGUCCAGGUCGCGAGCCCCGUCGACGCGGCGGCCAUGGAGAAGGAGGCCGAGGAGCGGGGGCGCGCGACCCUCGCCGCGGCGCGCGCGGCGUCGGACGGCGCGGCCUAG